UUUUUUUCAUUAUUAUGGAAAUGUGUUUCAGUACAUCUUUCAGUUCUGUCUUUAACUAUUGGGUGUAUGCAAAAUAAUUCAGCUUGGCUCGAGAUAUCAUAGAAUCAUGAUAUCAUUAUCAUUCUGUUUUGGUGAUUCUUUGGAAUUAAUCAUGUACUGGUAAAACAGAGCUUAAUGUGAAAUACAGUUUUUCAUUAAAAAAAGUAUUAAGGCCAUAUUUCUUAUUGAGAACACGGAUCGUUAUUACUCAAAAUAAAGUAAAAUUGUUGGAUAAUCGACAGUGCUUGUCAGACCUAUAAAGGUUUGACCUAUAAAGGUCUCAUAAAUAUUCAUUUGAGAGGCGCACAAACAGUCUACACCUACUUGCAUGACUCAUAAAGGAAAAACUUAAAAAUCAUGUGGGCGGAAGCAGGUUAACCGAUUAGGAGCAUCUUCAUCAAAUAUUGAAAUGAAUCGCUGCACAGCACUUCAUUGAUGAAAGAACACAACGAUGACACAGGAAAUGACAAAGAGAAGCUUUCUGAUAUUUUUUUCCAUCUAUCUGUUGGCUAUGGUCAGUGCUGUUGAAGACAAAGGCUCGUGUUAUGGAGUUGGUUCUGGCACUAUAGCAGGUAUUAUAUUUGCUGAUGUUGCAGUGACGGUCCUCAUUGUUACUACCACCUACUGGUAUGCCAGCAAGCGCAGACAAAAGAAAGAAAACGCUGACAAAGUCUACAUGAAUGUCAGAGCAAACUGCAAAACCUGAAGAUCCUUUGAAGACUGACAUGAACAAUGGAAGACUUACUGACAUUUAACAACAUAAGACAUGAUAUAAUCAUAGCUGAUGAUUUAUAUUUUACAUUUCUAGCUUAGCCUAUGGCUCUACACACUUAAAACCGUGUUCAUACCAUAGUUGCUUUCUAAAUAAGACAAAAUUACUAUAUUUAUGUCAUCACACUGAAAACUUUAAAAUAAUUAAAUUAUUGCUUAAAAUAUACAAAUAAUGGAACUCUGUUUAGCACGUUAUCAACAGUAAUAAAUGCUGUGAAAGAAAAACACUGACACCUAGUGGAUAAUUCCUGCUACUAUUUUCUUCAACAAGAACAGAGGUGCCCAAACCUUUCAAUGCCAGGGGUCAAAAAUCAAACUGGAACUGGAUCAUGGGCCAAACGUAAAUGUUGUAUUAUACCCAAUUAUACAAUAUAAAGUGUAUUCAAUUAAUUUUUUUUUUUAAAUAAGUACAUUAUUUUUUAAUCAAAUUCACUAAUUUUAUUUUUUUUACAUUUCAAUUUAAAAUAUAAAAAAAAUUAAAUAAAACAAAAUAAAUGUAUAAAUUAAGCUUCAGUGUCUUUUAUAUAUAUAUAUAUAUAUAUAUAUAUAUAUAUAUAUAUAUAUAAUGGCGGGCCAAACAAGAGAGAAAUCGCCUUGAUUUUCAGUUUUUACAUUCAGGGGUAGAAAAUGGAUAAACAGUUUGUUUGAAUGUUCGAUUUCCACGUGUGGGUGGAAAUGAAAAGCCCCUUUCCACUGAUUGUUCAAGGGUCAAUGUAUCUUUUGGUCAUUUGUUUUUUUUUUUUAUUAAAAGUAGAAAAAUGAGAAACGGCUGCUUUUUUGUUUUUUCAUUUUUUGCAAAAAAACAAAAAAAAACACGAAUUCGGCUUAAUUUUUUUUUUUUCGUUCAAAGGUAGAUAAACAGCUUGAAUAUUCGAUUUCUACACAUGGGUGGGAAUUAAACGUCCCUUUCUGCUGAUUGGUCAGUCAAAGAUCAAACCAUGCCGUCAUCAGUCCUUCUGCAGUUCCGCGUGGCAGAAUACUAGUCCUCUGCUGCAGUUGUACAGAUUUUUAAACAGUUUUAUUGCAACUACAUUUAAUCUUUUUUUCGUCAAACAACCAGACUAAUGAAUGGCUCAACACAACCUGUUCUGUGGCAGAGCCUUUCUUAUUGGAGGACUCUUAUUCUGUUGCACAGAACUGAAGACGGCACCAAAAAUCUAACAUUCAAGCUGUUUAUCCAUUUUCUACCCCUCAAUGUAAAAACGAAAAAUUAAGGCGAAUUGUCUUUUCAUGUUUUUGAAAAAAUGAAAAUGGUGCCGUUUUCUCAUGUUUCUGUUUUCAAUAUUAAAUAAAAAAAAAUUGAACGAACACGGACUGGGGUCAACUGUGCCCUAUAAAAUAAUUUUUGUAAGUUAUUUCAAAAAGUAAAACUUUCAUAUGUUCUAGAUUCAAUACAUGUAAAGCAAAAUAUUUCAAAAGUUUUUAUUUUUUUAUUUUGAUGAUUAGAGCUUACAGCUCAUGAAAGUAAAAAAUCCAGUAUCUCAAAAUAUUAGAAUAUUUAUAUUUGAGUUUCAAUAAAUGACCAUCCCUACAGUAUAAAUUCCGGGUAUCUCUUGUUCUUUGAAACCACAAUAAUGGGGAAGACUGCUGACUUGGCAAUGAUCCAGAAGACGAACAUUGAUGCCCUCCACAAAGAGUGUAAGUCACAGAGGGUCAUUACUGAAAGGUGUAGCUGUUCACAGAGUGCUGUAUCAAAGCAUAUUAAAUGCAAAGUUGACUGUAAGGAAGAAAUUGGGUAGGAAAGGGUGCACAAGCAACAGGGAUGACUGCAAGCUUGAGAAUACUGUCAAGCAAAGCCGAUUCAAACACUUGGGAGAACUUCACAAGAAGUGGACUGAAGCUGGAGUCAGCGCAUCAAGAGUCACCAUGCUCAGACACCUUCAGGAAAAGGGCUACCAAGCCACUUCUGAAACAGAAACAACGUCAGAAGCAGUCUGGAGGAAGACUGCAGAGGCAGAAUCGAAGCUGCUUGAAGUCCAGUGUGAAGUUUCCGAAGUCAGUAAUAAUUUGGGGUGUCAUUUAUCAAGUCCAAAGUCAAUGCAGCCAUCUACCAGGAGUUUUUGGAGCACUUUAUGCUUCCAUCUGCUGACAAGCUUUAUGGAGAUGCUGAUUUCCUUUUCCAGCAGGACUUUAGCACCUGCCCACAGUACAAAUCCACUUCCAAGUGGUUUGCUGACCACGAUAUUACUGUGCUUGAUUGGCCAGCCAACAUGCCUGACCUGAACCCCAUAUGGAAUCUAUGGGAUAUUUUCAAGAGAAAGAUGAAAAACAGUUGAUCCAACAACACAGACGAGCCGAAGGCUCAAUAGUGCCUCAGCAGUGCCACAGGCUGAUCGCUUCCAUGCCACACCUCACUGAUGCUGUCAUUUGUGCUGAAGGAGCCCCGACCAAGUAUUGAAUGCAUAAAUGAACAUACUUUAAAGAACUUGAACUUUUCUGUUUUGCAAAUCCUUUCUUUUUUUUUUUUUUUUUUUUUGAUUGAUCUAAGGACAUAUUCUAAUAUUUUGAGGUACUGGAUUUUUGACUUUCAUGAGCUCUAAGCUCUAAUCAUCAAAACUAAAAAAAAAUGUUUUACUUUAAAUGUAAUGAAUCUAGAAUGUAUGAACGUUUCACUUUUUGAAAUGUUACAACAACGAAAAAGAGCUUUUCUAGGAUAUUCUAUUUUUUUUAGAUGCACCUGUAUGUAUACUUUUACAUUAGCAUGUUAUUUUUUGUGUAUUGUUAUAAAUAUGAAAAAUGAAUACUCUGGAAUCUCCCAGAAAUUCCCGUGUCCAAAACAAGCACAAGACUGUGACUCUUCUGCUGAAAAAAAAAAAAAAAAGGAAGUAUAAAAUGUCUUUGCAAUUUUCAUCACAUACAUUUCUACAUUUAUUUGCACUUGGGCUAUUCAGUAAUGAUAGAUAUUAUUUUGGAGAACUAAACAGUUUAAAUGCUUUAACACAAUGAUACUGGUUUUCUUACAAAAAUGUGGAUUCAAUAUUUAUGCUGUAAACAAUAAAAAAAGUAUACCACCAA